UGGACCCAAAAAAGUAGCUACACCAUAGAAAGGCCAAACUAGAGUUACCCACAAUUUCACCUUCCACAACCCCCUAAGUUAGUUAGAGUGGAAACAUUUCUCCUCUAAGCCCUCUCUUCCUGGUAGAUUCUCUUAUAGCUUUCAAUUACUCCAACUUGGGUAUAGAGUACUUGCUAAACAUAACCCAUCUCCCACCUACAUUCAUUUUAUUUUUCCCUUCUAAAAGCUUCCCAUACAAUCACAUAUUAGCAAAGUUCAUCUUUUCUUGUAUAGUUCAAUGGAGCAAGCCCGGUAUUGGAUGUGGUCCAGGCGAAAACAAAGUUUGAGUUCUCAUCUUCAAGCAUCGUCGACCAACCCUUUGUAUGGUGAUUCAUGGGAAGAACAGGCUUUUGUAGAAGACGCGGCCGGGCCUCUUGGAGGUUGUACAUGGCCUCCAAGAUCUUAUUCUUGUAGCUUUUGUAGCAGAGAAUUUAGGUCAGCUCAAGCUCUAGGAGGCCACAUGAAUGUCCACAGGAGGGAUAGAGCUAGACUAAAGCAAUCACCACCAAGUCCCCAUGAUCAUGAAGUUCAAGUUCUUCAUCAUCAUAACCCUAUUCUGAAUCAUCAAUACCCAUCUCAGAUUUGCACCAUGGUUUACAACCCUAACCCUAAUUCGGAUCGUGUUGUUUUUGCAUCACCUUCCUCAUCUUGUAGGGUUUCACAUGCACCUACACAAGAGCUUAGUAAUGAAAAGACCUUCAUCCCUCUUUUCUCUUCUCCUAUUCUUGAAGAACAUCAUAAGAAGCCCUCUAUAUAUUCUCCUCCAUCAUGGUCAAACCAGUAUUUUCAUAUGACGGAUCUGAAUAAUGAAGAGAAGAAUUCAAAAUUCAUAGGUUCAAACAGUAGGGGUAUGGAGGAUUGUGUCGCAGAAGAUUUGUCUGUGAGCUUGAAUUUGGUUGUUCGUCGAACACGCCCAACCUCAUCUGGAGGUCAGGCGGAGGCUAUUGGUUGCAAAAGAAGGAGAAUUGAUUCAACACCAUUACUAUCCUUCCCAAAAUCAAAUUCAGGUGAUGGACAACAUGUCCUUCCAUCAGAAGCACUUGAACGUAGCUCAGGCUCAGUAGAAGAAUUAGAUCUUGAGCUAAGACUUGGUGAUCGGCCAGAGGUGAAGUAGAACGGCGAACUUUGUGCUUAUAUAAAGAUGCAACUUGUUCUUUUGUGCACUUGUGUUUUUUUGUUUUUCCCUCACUUUUUUCCUCACCUACUUCCCUUUGGUCUAAGAGCCAAGGCCUCUUAGCUUUUAGAUUGAUGACUAAUUGCCUCUCCUUUUCUUUGGGUACUUGUGAAUUUGCAUGGGGGGUAACAACAAUAUAACCAUAUGGAAUUCAAUGAAAAAUAUUGAAAUAUUAUAGUUGUCAUAUAUUAAUUAUGAUGCCCGGAUAAAUAAAUCUUGAUAUAUUUAUUUAUUGUACCUAGUUUGGAUAUCAAUCGAAUUCAUCGGUAUUAACUAGACAUUUUGGCCAGGGAAAACAUAGAAAUUAACUAUCCAUGACUGCAGAAGAAAAGUAAAAGUACUUGUCUUCUUGCGAUCAAUUGAUGAUUUAUAGUAUAAAGAGGUAAUGUAAGUUAAUAAUGUAAUGAGGGUAUGAGACUAUUAUUCAUGUUUUGAGAGAAGAGAUGAUUUUCUUUUGUGUUAAAGUCCGACAACAAGAAAUAUCAUGCAUACAUCUACGCACACAGACCACUCCAACUUAAGUGAAGCUUGGAGAAGUUAUUUGUAAGAAGGUAAUUUUUGUUGAAAUUUGGAUAAAACUUACAUGCAUUUUCAUGCGUCAAUAGAUGAGUGCAUGUCCAGCAAUGUG